AUGGGACUCGCAAGCUCACCAUAUUCGCGCCAUUCGAGUUUCACUGCGGUGCUAUUGGUCACGAUGACGGAGCUGCGUUUGGUGUCGAUGCCGCUGCCGCUGCCGCAAUAUCGGUUAAUGCUGGUGGUGCUGCUGGUCUCGAUGACGGAGCUGCUUUAG